AUGUCUCGGCGAAAGCAGCGGAAACCCCAACAGUUAAUCUCGGACUGCGAAGGUCCCAGCGCGUCUGAGAACGGUGAUGCUAGCGAGGAGGACCACCCCCAAGUCUGUGCCAAAUGCUGCGCACAAUUCACGGAUCCAACUGAAUUCCUCGCCCAUCAGAACGCAUGUUCUACUGAACCUCCUGUAAUGGUGAUAAUUGGGGGCCAAGAGAACCCCAACAACUCUAAUGCCUCCUCUGAACCCCGGCCUGAAGGUCACAGCAGUCCCCAAGUCAUGGACACAGAGAACAGCAAUCCUCCAGAAUCCGGGUCCUCUGGGCCGACUGAUCCCACCUGGGGCCCAGAGCGGAGAGGAGAGGAGACUUCAGGGCAUUUCCUGGUCGCUGCCACAGGGGCAGAAACUCCCAAGCAGGCUUUCUUUCACCUUUACCACCCACUGGGGGCACAGCAUCCCUUCUCUGCUGGAGGGGUUGGGCGAAACCACAAGCCUGCCCCUGCCCCCUCCCCUGCCCUUCCAGGCAGCGCAGAUCAGCUGAUUGCCUCACCUCAUCUGGCAUUCCCAGGCACCACAGGACUACUGGCAGCACAAUGUCUUGGGGCAGCCCGAGGCCUUGAGGCCACUGCCUCCCCAGGGCUCUUGAAGCCAAAGAACGGAAGUGGUGAGCUGGGCUAUGGGGAAGUGAUGGGUCCCUUGGAGAAACCAGGUGGAAGGCACAAAUGCCGCUUCUGUGCCAAAGUAUUUGGCAGUGACAGUGCCCUGCAGAUCCACCUCCGCUCCCACACCGGUGAGAGGCCCUAUAAGUGCAAUGUCUGUGGCAACCGCUUUACCACCCGUGGGAACCUCAAAGUGCAUUUCCAUAGGCAUCGCGAGAAGUACCCACAUGUGCAGAUGAACCCACAUCCAGUGCCAGAGCACCUCGACUACGUCAUCACCAGCAGCGGCCUACCCUAUGGUAUGUCUGUACCACCAGAGAAGGCUGAGGAGGAGGCAGCCACGCCAAGUGGAGGUAUGGAACGCAAGCCUCUGGUGGCCUCCACCACAGCACUCAGUGCCACAGAGAGCCUCACACUGCUCUCCACUGGGGCAGGGACUGCCACAGCUCCCGGGCUCCCUGCUUUCAAUAAGUUUGUGCUCAUGAAAGCAGUGGAGCCCAAGAGUAAAGUUGAUGAAAACACUCCCCCAGGGAGUGAGGGCUCAGCCAUCAGUGGAGUGGCAGAAAGUGGCACUGCAACCCGCAUGCAGCUAAGUAAGCUGGUAACUUCACUACCAAGCUGGGCACUGCUUACCAACCACUUCAAAUCCACUGGCAGCUUCCCCUUCCCCUAUGUGCUAGAGCCCCUGGGGGCCUCACCCUCUGAGACAUCCAAGCUGCAGCAGCUGGUAGAAAAGAUUGACCGACAAGGAGCUGUAGCAGUAGCCUCUACUCCAUCAGGGGCCCCCACCACCUCUGCCCCUGCACCUUCAUCCUCAGCCUCUUCUGGACCUAACCAGUGUGUCAUCUGCCUCCGGGUGCUGAGCUGUCCCCGAGCUCUACGCCUGCACUAUGGUCAACAUGGAGGUGAGCGGCCCUUUAAAUGCAAAGUGUGUGGCAGAGCCUUCUCCACCAGGGGUAAUCUGCGUGCACAUUUCGUCGGCCAUAAGGCCAGUCCAGCUGCCCGGGCCCAGAACUCCUGCCCCAUCUGCCAGAAGAAGUUCACUAAUGCUGUCACUCUGCAGCAGCAUGUUCGGAUGCAUCUGGGGGGCCAGAUCCCCAAUGGUAGUACUACACUCCCAGAGGGUGGAGGAGCUGCCCAGGAGAAUGGCUCUGAGCAAUCUGCAGUCUCUGUGGUGGGAAGCUUCCCCCAGCAGCAGUCACAGCAGCCAUCACUGGAAGAGGAAUUAUCUGAGGAAGAGGAUGAGGAUGAGGAAGAAGAGGAAGAUGUGACUGAUGAAGAUUCCUUAGCAGGAAGAGGCUCAGAAAGUGGAGGUGAGAAAGCAAUAUCAGUGCGAGGUGACUCAGAAGAGGCAUCUGGGGCAGAGGAGGAGGUGGGGUCAAUGGCCGCAGCAGCCACAGCUGGGAAGGAGAUAGACAGUAAUGAGAAAGCAAAUCAACAGUCUUCUCUACCUCCACCUCCGCCUCCACCUGAUUGCCUGGAUCAACCCCAGCCAAUGGAGCAGGGCAGCAGUGACGUUUCAGGAGGCAUGGAAGAGGUGGAUAAACCAGAGAGGAGCUCAAGCCCUGAAACACCACUCAAUCCAGAAAGAGAAGGCACUGGCACCCCCUUGGUGGAGGAGCUGAGCUUGCAGGAAGCUGGGAGAAAGGAGCCAGGAGAGAGCAGUGGCAGAAAGACCUGUGAAGUGUGUGGCCAGACCUUUCCCAUCCAGGCAGCUCUGGAGGAGCAUCAGAAGACACACCCCAAGGAGGGGCCGCUCUUCACUUGCAUUUUCUGCAGGCAGGGCUUCCUUGAGAGGGCUACCCUCAAGAAGCAUAUGCUGUUGGCUCACCACCAGAACCAGUGCACAGCUUUCCAGUCACAUGGCCUGCUCACAAAGCCCUGGAGUUCCACCUCCAUCUCUGUUACCACUUUAGACCUAGUACCAUUAGUGCUGUUUGGUCCAGGAACUGUAGUGGAGAAGGUGGCCCCAACGAUGGAAUCCAGAGAAGCCAAGGAGAAGACAGCCUCCUUUCCUAUUUUAGCCUCCUGUAUUUAAGGCAGUGUCUAAAAAGCCCAUCAGAAGAAAGAAGCAACAAACUGCAUGUUCCUUCUCUCUCCUCCUGCUUCAGAAGGUGCUGUCAAUGAAGAUGUUCCAGUAAUUAGUGAUUUUUUACCCCAGGAGGUAGGGAGAGAUGAAGGGCAUAAAACACUCUUCCUAGUAAAGCCUUUGAGAGUCACAUUAAAGCAAAGGUGUUGUCAGGUCAGUAUGCCACCACAUCUCCAACUUCUUAGUCAUCAAGGAUUUUUGAAGUUGAGAAACAAGCAGAUUUCUUGCCAAGAGAUCUCUUAUAGAGUAUUUUGGGAAAUAUGAAGUUAGUUUGUAUCUUAAUGAGCAUUAUUGGUGAGGGUGGUUGUGAAGUAAUGGAGAGUUGAGGAAUGUUGCUCAAGUAUAGGGCUUGCUGGGAACUUACCUGAUUAAGAAAGGGAUAUGAUAUAUAUAAAGGAGGGAACCUUGCAUUCUUGUGAAUGUGAGCAUUCUCAUGAAAGUUCUUUUUGGGCUACUAGUGACAUAGUUUGCAGCAGUGCACCAGGGGAAUCAUGGGGGAUUUCCUAGCACUAGUGUGCUUCUAGUUUUAGAUAACUCCCUCCUUUAUUACCUGGCCCCUUGUAAUUUCCUCAUCUUCCCCUCUCAAAACCCAUUUCCUCCCCAGUUUGCGUGAUCAUGGACCAGGGCUUAUGUCUUUGCCACUGUCUGGUUCUUAGAGCCCCAGACUUUGGGAGACAAGCUCCAGGUGAUUCCUUCCUGCCUUUCUGUCUUGUAAUGAGAUGUAGUGUUUACUCUUAACAUAGGAUUUUUGGGAACAGGAGUUCUGAGGAGAGAAUGAGGGUUCUCCUCUGAGGUAGUGGGCUCCAAUGCUUCCUAACAUAGUGAAAGCAGACAGGGGAGAUACUAGUGUCUUCCCCUCCAUCAU